UCACUGUUCGCCUAUGAAGGUCGGUUUUGGAUAUGCCCAACCGUAGGAAAAAUGUGGAUUCGAACCGAAUCAAACGUUCGGCAAAGAAAACGAGACUUUCUGACUACCUUUCUUCUGCCUAUGUGCAAUACUUGGUAAUAUUCUUGAUAUGGGGCGCCUUGCUCUUGAUCAACCAGUCUACGGAAAUGCGCUUUGAGUAUUUUUGGCCAGGGUGGCUUUUUAUUUGCUCGAUUUACGAUUCGUUAAAGUAUCAAGGAUUGCAAUAUACAAUUGUCUUCAUCAUAAUUGUUGUAACAAUGGAUCUGAUUUGCUUUUUUCUUUUCCCUCCUUCUUGGAUUUACUCCUGUGGAAGCGCAUACGUAUGGGUUUAUUUGCUUUGGCACACAGAUCAGGGAUUGUGUUUUCUUACGCUGGCCUUCUGUUUCAUCUUUGUAUACUUUGAAAUGGGUUUCUACUCAAGAGAAACUCGACUAAACCACAGCAUUUACUUAUUUCGGCCUUUUGCCGCACACAGUAUCGGAUACCCCGUAGUGUGUAUGGGGUUCUCUAUUAAACGAUACCUUGACGUCCGCCACAGAAAGUUCAAGGAACUGGACGUUAGAAGACAAAAUAAUGUGUACUUUCGGAUCUUACGAGAUGCGGUGCCGUGUUCGGCGAUUGCCGACUACUCUGGUCAAUAUUCCUCCAUUUAUCUCCCGGAUAGCAUUAUUGAAACUCCUUGUGCCGACGGCUAUGAUUAUUCCGCUGCUCUCCAUGGCAACAAGUUACCUUGGUCUCUUUUCCUGUUGCAACAAUUUGGCAAGUCGCUCUGCCUUCGAUUCAGCCGUCUAGUCUUCUCUCAUUCUUCAUUGCCGAGCAAAGAGUGCAACGGGAUCUCUUCUAACUCGACUUGUCAUGCGUACCACCGGCUCCACGAUUUCACACACGAUUCUCACGGGGUGGGGAACGGCACACUGGUGACGAGCGGUACAGCCCCAGAUUCCGCCACUCGACGAGGCCAAACGAGUCACACCGAGACGAACCUAACGUGCUCCUCUUCCACCUCAUCUCAGGCGAACUGUCGUCGUUAUGCCGUCGACAACUGUCAGUCAUCGGUCGACGCUCAUUCCAAGGGUGGUACUCAACUACAUUCGACCAAAGGCGGACGUUAUGUGAAGGAAGACCCGAUCACUAGACUGGAGAAUAACCUGCGGCGCCUCCGUUCCGAUGUGCAAUCUAUGCGCGCUGUCGAAUCACAACUGCGCAACCAGCUGACUCAAUUGGAGCGAGGUGACCGGCUCAAUCGACUAAGUUUGUCCGAGCAGCGACAGAAAAAUGAAUCGCUUUCUGCGGAAAUCUCCAAGUUGACUGCUUUGACUCGAACGGAACGCGCCAAUUUAGCCAGUGUGGAGCAAAGUUUGGCGGAGGAGAAACGUUUGCGUCAAACACUGGAAGUUCAGUUGAGCGAGGAGCCCGUUCUCAAGGAGGAACAUGAUGUUGAUGCCAACGCUCUUUCCACCUUCGAGCUUGCCACUAGUACGGGGCAAGGAAAUUCUGUCCAAGUCUCAACUCCGGACGAUAUGGACACUAGUUCGUCUCAAUGCACCGUCGACCUGACUGAGGCUAGUUGUUGCCAACAGCGGCGAGUACUCGAGAUCAAACUAUCCGCACUUCGAGCAACCUCCCGUCAGAGAGAUGAACAACUUCGAAUAUUGUCUGGUGCCAGAGCACGUCAGGCCAAUCACAACCAGCAACAGCAUGAACUAAAUCGAAAUCUGAUGAUACCAGCAACCAACUCAAGGCAAGUAUUGGGUAGCAGCGCACAUGAGUCGAAAAAGCGCCUGAAGUCUUCACCACUUUCCGAUUUCAUUCCGGAAGAAGAUGUCACUGAGGAGGAACAACAACAGCCUUUGGAAGCGCGUUUACAGCGCGCCGUGUUGGAGGGCGAACGUUUGAACAGCACAUUACGACAGGAGAAUUGGAUGAAACAGGAGCUACUCACUUCCUAUCAUAAUUCGGUUCGCGAGAUAAAUGAUUUGAGCAAAACGCACAAACAGCGUGACUUUCAAAUCUUGGAGUUAACCAUGAAAAUCGAACAGUUGGAACGCCUCGCAUCUUCUGUCAGCAUGGAUGGACGCGUGAAUCCGGUUGGGUUGGAAAGGGACGCCGCUUCACAUACCGAGGGCUUCAGCGACAAGCCACCGACGUCUCAGGCAUUUCGUGUUCCGUCCUCUAUGACCUUCCCAUCCGUGCCCUGGCAACCGAAAGAUGCUGCAAACUUUCGAUUAUCUGAAUUCGCCCCAAUCGAUAGAACUUGUGUGACCUCUGUGCAGUCAUUGCGCCUUCCCACUACUCCAGGGAACCUACCUUGUCCAGAUUCCAUGCUGACUGCAUCGCCCAGUGUUUUGGAUAGCUCUCAAGGGAGAUUAUUCGGCCUUGCUUCCGGUCAUCGGGCCAUCCCCAACUCACCGUUCGCAUUUUCAGAGACCCACAGUUCGGAUCUACUCUCAAAGAGCAACCGCACGCAGACGGCGGCGGCGGCGGCUAAUGUUCAGCGGCUGUUCACCGAAACUCACUAA